UGGGUGGUCUGAGCCCGGCUUUGGGCUGGGCUCGGGCUGUCACACAAUGGCUGGAAGUCGUGACUUCGUCUCCUUCGUGCCGCAUGGUUUUCAACGCCCUUGACCCGCCGGUUCCUUUUGUUUGGGAAGCAUGGGGCCGCAUCCAGUCCUUCGGAUUUGGGGAAAUAGAAAGGCUACAGCGGCGUCCCUAGGCCGUUCUGGAAGUCGCCUGUCCGGCCCUUGGCCGCUGCGAGUCGCACCCACCUUGAUCUUUACUCAGACCAGCAGGUGUUCCUUCAAUGGUGCCUUAGCUGCUGUUCCUGUCCAGGACCUGGGCUCCACUGUCAUAAAAGAAGUCUUGAAGAGGGCCACGGUGGCUCCGGAAGAUGUGUCUGAGGUCAUCUUUGGACAUGUUUUGGCAGCAGGCUGUGGGCAGAAUCCUGUUAGACAAGCCAGUGUGGGUGCAGGAAUUCCCUACCCUGUUCCAGCAUGGAGCUGCCAGAUGAUCUGUGGGUCAGGCCUAAAAGCUGUGUGCCUUGCAGCCCAGUCAAUAGGGAUAGGAGACUCCAGCAUUGUGGUUGCAGGAGGCAUGGAAAAUAUGAGCAAGGCUCCUCACUUGGCUUACUUGAGAACAGGAGUAAAGAUAGGUGAGAUGCCACUGACUGACAGUAUACUCUGUGAUGGUCUUACAGAUGCAUUUCACAACUGUCAUAUGGGUAUUACAGCUGAAAAUGUAGCCAAAAAAUGGCAAGUGAGUAGAGAAGAUCAGGACAAGGUUGCAGUUCUGUCCCAGAACAGGACAGAGAAUGCACAGAAAGCUGGCCAUUUUGACAAAGAGAUUGUACCAGUUUUGGUGUCAACUAGAAAGGGUCUUAUUGAAGUUAAAACAGAUGAGUUUCCUCACCAUGGGAGCAACAUAGAAACCAUAUCCAAGCUAAAGCCUUGCUUUCUUACCGAUGGAACGGGAACAGUCACCCCAGCCAAUGCUUCAGGAAUGAAUGAUGGUGCUGCAGCUGUGGUUCUUAUGAAGAAGUCAGAAGCUGAUAAACGUGGGCUUACACCUUUAGCACGGAUAGUUUCCUGGUCCCAAGUGGGUGUGGAGCCUUCCAUUAUGGGAAUAGGACCAAUUCCAGCCAUAAAGCAAGCUGUUACAAAAGCAGGUUGGUCACUGGAGGAUGUUGACAUAUUUGAAAUCAAUGAAGCCUUUGCAGCCCUCUCUGUUGCAAUAGUUAAAGAACUUGGAUUAAACCCAGAGAAGGUCAACAUUGAAGGAGGGGCUAUAGCCUUGGGCCACCCUCUUGGAGCAUCUGGCUGUCGAAUUCUUGUGACCCUGUUACACGCACUGGAGAGAACGGGCGGAAGUCGUGGUGUUGCAGCACUGUGCAUUGGGGGUGGGAUGGGAAUAGCAAUGUGUGUUCAGAGAGGAUGAAUUGCUUAAACUUUGAACAACUUCAAUUUCUUUUUAAACUAAUAAAGUACUAGGUUGUAAUAUGUGAAAUCAGAGGACCAAAGUACAGAUGGGAGCCAUUUCCUACAUCACAAAAACCCAAGUUUACAGCUUGUACUUUAAUGCAUAAUACUCAACUCAAGGUACAAGACAAUUGCAUUUAACAUUGUUAUAAAUAAGAGACAUCAGAUCAAUCA